CAUCCAAUAUUGUGAUACAUUAUUGAAUUGUGGAGUGACUUGUGUGUCCGCAGGCUCUUCAAUCUGACCCUGAAGAAGCUGGUCAUGCUGAAGGAGCUGGAUAAAGAUCUGACGUCGGUGGUCAUCGCUGUCAAGCUCCAGGGCUCAAAGCGAAUCCUUCGUUCCAAUGAAAUCCUGUUGCCAUCGAGCGGCCAGACGGAAACAGACCUGCAGCUCACCUUCUCCUUACAGUAUCCUCACUUCCUGAAGCGAGACGCCAACAAGCUUCAGAUCAUGUUGCAGAGGAGGAAGAGGUACAAGAACCGAACCAUCCUGGGCUACAAGACCCUGGCGCUCGGCCUCAUCAACAUGGCGGAGGUGAUGCAGCACCCCACGGAGGGCGCUCAGGUUCUGGGUCUGCACAGUCAGCAGAAGGAGGUGUCCGUCCCGGUGGCCGAGAUCAGGGUUUACUCUCUGUCCAGUCAGCCCAUCGACCACGAGGGUCCCAAAGCCAAGAUGAACGAUCGUUCUCCUGAUAUUGAUAACUACUCUGAGGAAGAGGAGGAGAGCUACUCGUCUGAGCAGGAGGGCAGCGACGACCCCGUGCAUCACUAUCUAGAUGAUGAAGAGGACGAGGUGAGGAAGAAGAAACCCAGACGCAAACUUACUUCCAACGCCUCCAUCACGAGACAACCCAACAUCAAGCAGAAGUUUGUGGCGCUGCUGAAGAGGUUUAAGGUGUCCGAUGAGGUGGGGUUCGGCUUAGAGCACGUGUCCCGCGAGCAGAUCCAGGAGGUGGAGGAGGACCUGGACGAACUCUACGACAGUCUGGAGAUGUACAACCCCAGCGACAGCGGACCCGAGAUGGAGGAGACCGACAGCAUCCUCAGCACUCCUAAACCCAAACUCAGGCCGUUCUUUGAGGGCAUGUCCCAGUCGAGUUCUCAGACAGAGAUCGGCAGUCUGAACAGUAAAGGCAGUCUGAGUCGAGACGCCGUCAGCCCCCAGGGGGAGCAGCCGCCGUCAGAUAAACUCAAACACUCGCGCAGCCGUAACCUGGACGAGCCGCUGUCCGAGACCGACACGCUGGAACUGAAUGAUCAGGAGUUGUUCGCUGAUGUCGGCCCCUGUAUAACAGUGUCUGUGGCUGAAAAACCACGGACACCCUUAAAAACCAGCAAGAAUGAGAUUCAGGCCAUGCCGUCGCCCAGGCUGGAUGGAGGACACACACCCCGUAAGCGCUGCACUCCUGUGAAAGACCGACAGCUCUCCAAGCCUCUGGGCGAGCGCACCAACAGCUCGGACAGCGAGAGAUCCCCUGAGCUCGGACACAGCACACCGGUCCUCAGGAAGGCUGUCUAUGAUCAGUUGAAUCAGAUUCUGUUAUCUGACGCUGCUCUUCCUGAAAGUCUCAUCCUGAUCAAUGGCACAGACUGGCAAGGACAGUAUGUUGCAGAGCAGCUGCAGGUUCAGAAGCAUCCAGUGGUGUGUACGUGUUCCGGCGCAGAGAUUCAGGCCGUUCUCUCGGCUCUCCUCACACGCAUCCAGAAGUUCUGUAACUGUAACUCGUCGAUGCCUCGGCCGGUGAAGGUCGCAGUGGUCGGCGCUCAGAGUUAUCUGGGAUCAGUCCUGCAGUUCUUCGUCACUCAGCUGGCCAACAAGACUUCUGAUUGGCUCAAUCACAUUCGCUUCCUGGUCGUGCCUCUGGGUUCUCAUCCUGUUGCUAAGCACCUGGGUGCCCUUGACAACCGCUACAGCGCAGCCUUCCUGGACGGAGCGUGGAGAGACUUAUUCAACCGAUCAGAGCCGCCGCAGACAGAUGCGGUGGACGUUGCGUCUCGAGUGACUCAGUACAUCAGUGGAGCCGCUCACACACACCAGCUGCCGAUCGCUGAGGCCAUGUUGACCUGCAAACACAGAACGAGGGAUGAAGACUCAUAUCAGAAGUUCAUACCGUUCAUUGGGGUGGUGAAAGUGGGUUUGAUAGAGCCGGGCCAGUCAUCAGCAGGCGACCUGGAAGAGGGCGUGGCUGUGAGUUUAGCCGUCCCGUCCACGUCUCCGCCCUCUCACGGGUCUCCCGCCAGCCUGAAGGAGAUCGCCACGCCCCCCUCCUCCCCCUCCAUGGGCGCCGGCUUGGCUGUGCAAGGGAGCCCCAGCAUGUCUCACGGGGUGGACGCCAUCGGCCUGCAGGUGGACUACUGGCUGGCGUCUCUGUCGGAGAAGCGUCGCGAGGGCGAGAGGAGGGACACCGGCUGUAAGAACACACUGAAGAGUGCCUUCUGGUCGCUGCAGGUCAGCCGGCUGCCAGGAGGGGGCGCCAGCGAGCCUCAGGCGCCCGUCAACACUAUGGCCAUGACCGUGGUCACCAAAGAGAAGAACAAGAAAGUUCCCACUAUUUUCCUGGGGAAGAAACCUAAAGAGAAGGAGAUGGACUGCAAGAGUCAGGUGAUCGAGGGCAUCAGCCGGCUCAUCUGCUCCGCCAAACAGCAGCAGACCAUCCUGAAAGUCACCAUCGAUGGAGGAGAGUGGAGCGACGUGAAGUUCUUCCAGUUAGCCGCUCAGUGGCCGACUCACGUCAAGUAUCUCCCGGUGGGAUUGUUCGGAUACAGCAAACCAGCUUCCUAGGACCGACCCCUCACUGAUCCCGCCUCUUC